AUGACAUCGGCCGCGGACUUCCGUGCCCAGAACGAGCGCUUGCAGCGUGAGGUCCACGAGUUACGCAGCCUCAACUCGGCGCUCGAGCUGGAGGCCGCGAAGCUCCGAAGCGAGUGUCAGGAGCUCGAGUCGAGCGGCGGCGAGACGGUCGAGACACUGGAGCUCGAGCUCGAGACGGUGGCCAAAGAGCUCACGUUGCUCCACUCGCAGUGCGCGUCCAUUACGGCGAUCCUCGAGCACGAGAUGGGGGAGAAGCUGUCGCCCGUGAUUCGCCACACGAUUCAGCGCGUUCGGUGCAUGACAAUGCCGCGGCACCGGCGGUCGUCCACGACGGUCUACUACGGCAGCAACAGCCCCAAAAUGCCCAAAGCCGCGAGUUUCACGGCCUCGGCCGCCGACAAGAGGACGCUCAGCGGCGCAAAGAUGAACAAGGACAGCCCUCCGAUUCUGUCGUACUCAAAGGCCGCGUCUGGCGUCCUGAAGACGCUGCUCACGUCCACCCACUCGCACUAUGGCAACUUCCGGCGACACAGCACCCGCAAGCACUGCGACAUUGUUGUGCUCUAA